AUGGGUCAGGACAUAAGUGAGUUGAAAAGCUUUAGGGAAGAUGUGAGAUCCACCUUAAGGAACCAUGGUGAAAAACUCAAGAGGAUGGAGUCUCAAGUAGGAGAGCUAUCUCAACAGGCCCCCAAGUCAACUGCAGUGUUCCCUAGUGACACUGAAAAGAAUCCUAAAGGGGAACAAAAGGAAGUGAGAUGGGAAGAAUGCAAGGCCAUCACCAUAUUGAAGGAAGUCUCAGAAGAAGAAGGAAUCAGACCCUCAAAACAGGAGCCAGAAAUCUUGAAGGAAGGUGUGGAAGAAGCUAAGCAAGAAAGUGAAACUGAGCAAGCCAAGGAACUGCAAAAUAAAGGCAUGCUGGAAACAUACCAACCAAAAGCACCAUUUCCUCAGAGGUUAGGAGGAGGUGAAAAAGGGAAAACAUAUUCAAGGUUCCUAGAGACAUUUAAGUCUCUCCAUAUCAAUAUUCCCUUUCUUGAGAUUCUCCAGCAGAUGCCUACACAUAUCAAGUAUUUGAAGGAAUUGCUGAGCAAGAAAAGAGUUUUGAAGGGAGGACAAACUGUAAUAAUGAACAAAGAAUGCAGUGCCCUCAUCAAGAAGGACAUAGUCUCUAAGAAAACAGACCCAUGA